UUACAAGCUUGAAAUUAUGAGAUAUACGAUCUUUUAUUUUCUUUUUAUUGCCAUUUAGGUGCAUCCUUGAUGGGGAAAUGUUGGUCUGGGAUACAUCUCUGAAUCGGUUUGCUGAGUUUGGUUCGAAUCAGGAAAUAGCCAAGGCAGCAAGGGAAGGUCUUGACAGCCAUAGACAGUUGUGUUAUGUUGCCUUUGAUGUUCUUUAUGUUGGCGAUACUAGCGUCAUCCACCAGAGUUUGAAGGAACGGCAUGAACUGCUGAAAAAAGUGGUCAGGCCUUUAAAAGGUCGUCUAGAAGUUUUAGUACCUGAAGGUGGCCUCAAUGUUCACCGCCCUUCAGGGGAACCUAGUUGGUCUAUUGUUGUCCAUGCUGCUGCUGAUGUUGAGCGAUUUUUCAAAGAAACAGUUGAAAACAGAGAUGAAGGAAUUGUGCUUAAAGACCUGGAAUCAAAAUGGGAACCUGGAGAUCGUAGUGGCAAGUGGUUGAAGUUGAAGCCUGAAUAUAUCCGAGCUGGUUCUGACCUUGAUGUUCUUAUAAUAGGAGGAUACUAUGGCUCCGGACGCCGUGGAGGGGAGGUAGCACAGUUUCUCGUCGGCUUGGCUGACCGGGCGGAGGCAAAUGUGUAUCCUAGGCGAUUUAUGUCCUUUUGUAGAGUUGGCACUGGACUUUCUGAUGAAGAACUUAACACUGUUGUAAGCAAACUGAAGCCUUAUUUCAGAAAAAAUGAACACCCAAAGAAGGCUCCACCAAGCUUCUACCAGGUCACAAACCACUCAAAAGAGAGACCAGAUGUUUGGAUUGAGAGCCCAGAGAAAUCAAUAGUACUUUCAAUCACUAGUGAUAUCAGGACAAUAAGGUCUGAGGUGUUUGUUGCACCUUACAGUCUGAGGUUUCCUCGUAUUGAUAAAGUAAGAUAUGACAAGCCUUGGCAUGAAUGUCUCGAUGUGCAGGCUUUUGUGGAAUUGGUGAAUUCGAGUAACGGCACCACACAGAAACAGAAGGAAUCUGAAAGCACACAUGACAAUCCAAAAGUCAAUAAAUCCUCCAAGAGAGAGAAAAAGAAUGUGUCGCUUGUCCCUUCUCAGUUUAUUCAAACUGAUGUAUCGGAUAUCAAGGGCAAGACCUCAAUCUUCUCAAAUAUGAUAUUUUAUUUUGUUAAUGUGCCUCGGUCCUAUUCUGUUGAUACAUUUCACAAAAUGGUAGUUGAGAAUGGAGGAAAGUUCUCAAUGAACUUAAACAACUCAGUGACUCAUUGCAUUGCAGCGGAAAGCAGUGGAAUAAAGUAUCAGGCAGCAAAGCGUCAGCGAGAUGUCAUCCACUUUUCAUGGAUCUUAGAUUGUUGUUCACGAAAUAAGAUGCUUCCUUUGCAGCCAAAGUACUUCCUCCACCUCACUGAGGCUUCAAGGACAAAAUUACAGGAUGACAUUGAUGAAUUCUCGGAUUCUUAUUACUGGGAUUUAGACCUUGAAGGUCUCAAACAGGUCUUAAGCAAUGCCAAGCAAUCCGAUGACUUAAAAUCCAUUGAAUACUACAAGAAAAAGUUAUGUCCAGAGAAAAGAUGGUCCUGCCUCUUUGGCUGCUGUGUUUACUUUUACCCGUAUAGUGAAACAUUGAGCACUGAAGAGGAAGCUCUGUUGGCAAUUAUGGCUAAGAGAUUAGCGCUUGAAGUCUUAAUGGGUGGUGGUAAAGUUAGCAAUAAUCUUGCUAAUGCGUCGCACCUUGUAGUCCUUGCUAUAACAGAAGACUCUUUGGAUUUUACUUCAGUUUCAAAAAGUUUCAGCGAAGUGGAGAAGCGCCUUCUGUUGAAGAGAAGGCUACACGUUGUUAACUCUCACUGGUUAGAAGACAGCUUGCAAAGAGAGCAAAAACUUUGCGAGGACGUCUACACUCUGAGGCCUAAGUAUAUGGAAGAGUCUGAUACUGAAGAAUCAGAUAAAUCUGAACAUGAUAUAACGGAAGUAGCUUCCUGUGGUAGUGCUCAAAUCGAAGAGCCAGCUUCCUCUAAGAUGGAAAUUAGAAGUUCAAGAGGACGGUCAUGGACUCGAGCUGUUAAAAUGGGAAGGUCUUCUACAAACUCAACGCAUCGAGUACAGAGACGCAGAGGCAAGCAGCCUUCUAAGAUAGGCGGGGACGAAAAAGAGGAGAGUGAUGCUUCUGAAGAAAAAGUUUCACCACGACUCAGUGAUAUAGCAGAAGAGACUGAUUCGUUCGGUGGGGCUCAGAGAAACUCUAGCAGAGGAGAAUCUGCAAAGAGAGGAAAGUCUCGUGUGGCACAAACUCAAAGAGUACAGAGAUCACGAAGAGGCAAGAAGGCUUCGAAGAUUGGAGGAGAUGAGUCUGAGGAAAAUGAUGGUUUUGAUGACAUAGACAAUGUGUCAGCAGAUGCAGAAGAGAGUUUUGCAGCUGGUAGAUCAGUGGAAAACGAAGAACCUCGAGAGCCUAACAUAGCAAUGCACACAGAAUCACUGCAUAAAGCGAACACAGUAGCAGUUAAAGAGGCCUCAGAAGAUUCUAGAAAUGCAAAGACCGAGAUGGGUAUGAAAGAGAAGUUACAAAUCCAUGAGGAUCCACUACAAGCUAUGUUAAUGAACAUGAUCCCGAGCCUCAGUCAGAAAAACACAGAGACAUCAAACCGAAUCACUGGGGAAAAUAGAAACGCUAAUGUAUCUUAUGAUUGUGAGUCUUCGGAAAAAAGGAAACUCGGCGCCGAGACUGAUGAUACUUCUGUGAACGCAGACGCAGAGGCAGACACAGUUCCUCCUCCUGUGAAGAAAAAGAAAGUUAGCUACCGGGAUGUUGCCGGAGAACUGCUCAAAGACUGGUAAAACGCUGCUGUUUUGGACCAUGUAAGGAAGCUCUUGUGUUAUGUAUAUAUGUUGUCUAACUCAUGCAAUUUAGUUGCUGGUCAUGUAGAAGAGGUUAUACUUUGGUUUUUUUACUCAUGCAAUUUCAACCAUUUUUUUUAUUUUCAGCUGUGAUUCUCUU